CACAGAGGGAAUGUACAGCGUCUGCACCAUAAACUGACUACCUUCCGCAUGUUUCCCUCCUGAGCAGACCAAAUCCUCUGCUUUGGGGUUUUCAGGUUAAGUGGAACUCAAAUCAGAUCUCCAAUUGUCUCCUCAAGAUGGAGUGUCAAAAGCCCUCAAGCUUUUUCAAUCUCACUCCAUGACCUCUCCUAUCAUUCCACUUACACAAGAGCCCCUUUUGUGUGGAGAAUCAUCAGACUCACAUGGUUCUUUGACUGAGGGAUUGUAGGACAGUCAUCAGAGGAAGACAGAACAGAGGAGUGCUUUAAACGCUAAAACUCCACAACCCUGUUUGUGGACUAGGCAGGUGGGCACGCGAACCAUGGAAAACUGCAAGACUGAAGAACAAGAGGACAUGGAGGAAAGCCUUCCGAUUGCUCAGCUGCAGGCCUUGGUGGUGGAGCUGCGUAGCGGGCUGCAGGGGGCCCUGCAGGACAUGUCUGUGCUGCAGCAGAACCACAGCCGUCUGGAACAGAGAGUUCAGGCCCACCAGAGUGAUGUGGACGACCAGAUCAUGGGAAUCAGGAACUCGCUAAACACAUUUAAGGAAGACUUGAGCGGUGCUCUAACCCAGAUGAAAGAGGUUAACAGCAGACAAAAAGAGAUGCAGAAAGGCCUGGAACUCCUUCAGUUACAAACCAGCAGAGAGAUCCUGCCUGUUCAACAGAGGAAAAGCUCCAAAGGGGACUGCACAGGGGAUGGCCAUGCAUUUCUCUCCAAUCAGACGGAGCUCAACGUCAUCCAGCAUUAUUUCGCCAGCCUGCCCAGCAGCUCUCCACACAGGAGCACCGCCUCCACCCAGACCUCCAACUCGGAGCAGCAGACAGCCAAUGGCCAGCCCCACAGGAGCCAGUCCAAGUCCCCACUGUGGAGAGAGAGGAAGGGUAGUCGUGACGACGUGGACACGCAGGCCACCCUAGAAAACAAUAAGCGGCAGGUGGCUGCCUUAGAGCUGUUGGAGUCAGAGAGGGUGUAUGUUUCCUACUUGUCUCUCCUGCUGAAAGCCAACAUCUCCUUCAACGGCUCAGAGGCCAUCCACACCAAAGACAAACGGCCGUUCCCCAGCUCGCUACGUUUCCUAAUCCAGCAGCACCUGGAGCUGCUGCACACGCUGCAGGAGAGGGUGCUGAAGUGCCAGUGGCAGGGCAUCAUUGGAGACUUAUUCAUGAGGCUCACCAGCAAAGAGAGUGAUUUCCUGGACUUUUAUGUGUCAUAUUUGAAGGAGCUGCCUGAAUGUCUUUCUGUGGUCAGCAUGUUAACCGCCACCUCAAUGAAAGCAGCCGGCCUGUUCGAGGGUGACGAGACACACCCCUCUCUCCACGACCUGCUCCUCCAGCCCGUGCAGAGGAUCCCAGAAUACCUACUGCUGCUGCAGACCCUGUUGAAACAGACGGAUGCCGAGCACCCAGACUACUUCCUGCUGCUGGUCAGCAUUCAGCAGUUCAGAGCCUUCACUGCUCAGUACGCUCAACUACUGCAGCACAACGAAGAGCUGCUCCUGCACAACCGCAAGGAGCUCAAGAGGUCAGCUUCUGAUCCAGGCUCAGAUUUGGUGUUCUGGUCAACUAUGAAGCAGUUCUUCAAAAAUGUAGACUGUAAUAAUGCUAUGCAAGCCAAUGAGAUGGGUUCUCCCUACCCCGCCAGCAAUGCAAUUCUCCUCCCCCUCUCCCCUCACAGGGAGCACACCAAUCAUGUGAAACGUAGCAAGCAGAGGCUCCUGGAGCAGAUCCAGUCUAGAUGUGUCCAGGACUGGGAGAGCGAGGGGCACCACUCUGACUCCCCUAUCCCGUUUUUCUACCCCGAUACGGACCCCUGCCUCAAACAUCCCGGUCUCCAGAGCAUCCCCGAGAUGGGCUCGUCAGAAUGCCUGCCCAGCAAACGUUUGCCCCCUGGGUCAGCCUUGGCUGAUGCCCUGGGGGAGUUCCUUCUCCCAGUGGACACCCCAGGCCUAGAGGGCCUGUACGAAGAGGCAAACUCGUCCUUACACAAUGUGUCCAUGUUUGACCAGUGCUCCAGCGCUUCAUCCGACUCUAGCAUCGACAUUGCCUUUGUGCGCUGUCCUAAGAGCCACCAUGCUGUCCGCGAGGUCUACAGCAGCGGUGGCAGACGGGAAAGUGGUUACAACCAGGUGCCUGCCCGGGGGUGCGUGUUGCGGGACGACGCCGGGAUGACGCAAGCUCCCCACCACCGCCCCCUGCAGGCAGCUCAGCGGAAGAGCAAGUCCCUGAACGGGUUGCAGCUGGACAGCACUGUGAGCGGGGACAGUGGUCCCGGACAUCUUUCUGACCACGUAAGGAACCAUGGGGUCCACCAACACACCAAGCUGGACAGGCAGUCCAGUAAUAAAUAUCACCCACGCAACACCAAGGCCCAGAGCAACAACAACAGCCCGAUCAGCGCCCCGCAACAUAGAGCAGAGUCAGAGAAACAGAUAGCAGUCACUAAGGAGGAGUCACAUAACAUCCAUACCAAGGAUUCGGUAAGCCCACGCUGGGGUGAAGAACCAAGGUGGAAGGCGGAGAACAGCCACAUCCCUUUUAGUGAGAGGAGCCGAAAACAGGAGAAGGGAGGCUUCAGGAGCUCCUUUAAGAAGCUCUUCAAGAAGAAGUCGAGUGGAGGAGAGAAAGACAAGGAAAAGGACAAGCCAGAAAGCCAAAACUCCAGUGACCAGGAGGUAGGGAAGACCCCAAGAGUUGCCCAUCCAGGCAUUGACCGUGGGACUGCAGUGUAAAAAGUGACUAGAGCGUCAAUAGCAGAUGAACACUGAACUCUGUAAAGCUUCAAAUUAUGGGACACCAUUUGGGUCUCUAAUAAAAUACACACCCACACCCCCCCCCAGUGAAAUGAUAGGAUACUGUAUAUAGACACAUACAUUACAAUGCAAUUCUCUAAGACCGGCAUGCUUCCAACACACUGACAUACUCCUUUCUGAUUGAACUACUGUAAACUUGCUGUUCAGUGUAUUUGGUUUUGAAUCAGUAAUAGUUUUGAAGGUCUCAAUAUCUAUAGAGAAAAUAUAUUUUACAUACUACUGUAUACUUAUUAACUGUAAUUAAGUACAGAUCAAUAACUUGCCAACAAAGUAUUGUUGGAAAAAUCGCCCAAAGCAAAAUAAAUCAUGUACGUUUAUGUAAAGUUAUUUUUUAGGAAAUAAAGGAAAUUGUGAGUCAUAAAAAAAUAAUAAUCCAUUUUGCAAUCAAUAUUUGGUAUACCAAGUAUGUAUAUUAUAUUACCUGCCUAAUCAUUUCUUCAUUGAACAUUGUUACCUACAAUGAUUGCAAACCAUAAAAUGUG